CCCCCUUAGCAACGGUCACUGUUGAGACGGAGGAAGACGCCCCCAGCGGAUUGGCUGCACCGGGCCUCUCUGCAGCGUAGAUUGGCUGAAGCGUCGGUAGAGGGCCGGGCCUUGGCAGCAGCUGCCGGAGAACCGGCUGUCCCAGAACCGAGGCAGGACAGAACCCGUGGUGCCCCGCGGCACAGAGGAGCGACAAGAUGAUCCGCCGGAAGUCCAGCCAAUUCCAGGGACUGAAAAUGCAGUCGGAGCUUGAACAGCACUACGAACUGCGGAGAGAACCCAAGAAAGACCUCAGAUCAUUGGAUGAAUCGGCCACGCGGAUGGGAAUAGGUGUGCAUACCGAGUCGGGGACCGUGGCUUCGGUGAAUGCGGAUGAAGAUCCUGCAGCCAACUUGUUCCCGCCGCCACUGCCCCAGACCCGGAUCUGCAUAUGGAAGUACCUGGACAUCCAUUCCAUGCACAGGCUGGAGAAGACAGCCAACGUUGAGGAGAUGAGGGAGGUGCUGGCCGAGCUGUUGGGGCUAGGCUCUCCUGCGCAGAGCCUUCGGGACGCCAUCACCCUGGACCUCUUCUCCCAUGCACUCAUCUUCUGCCGCCAACAAGGCUUCUCCCUGGAGCAGACAUCAACGGCUUGUGCCCUGCUCCAAGAUCUUCACAAGGCCUGUAUUGCAACCCCCUUGGGCAACGUGGAGGAAUGUUACCGCUACUUCACCAGUGUUCUUUUUUGCCAUGGAAUCAGGCGGCCCCCUUUCAGUAUCAACCUCUUUAAGGAGGAACAGCUGCUGGCCCUGGCAGAUUAUGUGGUCAACACCUACUUCCGCCACUUCAAGCUCUACAAAUACGUCUUCACACCCCAGGUACUGGGCCAUGGACUACAAGAGGCCACCCCUCAUCUCCCCCCUUUCCCUCAGUGCAGACGUCUUCCUCCCUCUUCCCAGGUGCGGCUGGAUCUAUCUUUGACUUACGUGGGGCUACAGGCACCCAAGCUCUGGCCAAAGGAUGAGACGGAGAAAGAAGAGGGCGAAGAGGUGGAGGAGCAGGCAGUCACCCCAGAGGAGGAGGAACCGGAAACAGUGGUCCAGCCAGAGCCAGAGCCAAGCCAGGUCUCCGUCCUCCGGGCCUACAUCAAGACCCAGAUGAACAAGGAACUGGAGCAGCUCCAACAACUGGUGGAGGAACGGCUCAAGGCCAGUGAGGAAAGGCUCGGCAGCAAGCUGACCGCACUCGAGCGGCCCCUCCAGCUACCUCCAGGCAAAGGCAAGAACAAGACCAAGUGACCCCCAGCAUCUUCCCCAA